ACAAGACGCCGUACGGACGCUAUGAUUGAGUUUUCGGACAACCGCCGUGCGCGUAUGGUCCUGUGGAAAAGGUCUUCUACAUCCUGAAGAAACAAUUCAACGACUCACCGUGUUGUGUAGAGCAGCACAGUUGCUCGAUCAUGUCUUCGUCUUUAAGAUUUUGCAGCAGUGGGUGGAUAUGUGCCAGUGUCUGCAUCGUGACCUAUCUCCUGAACUACGGCCUCGCCUCUCCCGUGGUUCGUAUACACGCAGGAUCUGUGAAGGGAAAACAAAUACAAACCGAUUAUGGUGAUGUCGACGCCUUCCUCGGAAUCCCGUACGCGCAGCCACCAGUCGGGAACCUUCGUCUGUCUAGGCCGCGACCUGCUGAAGCCUGGAAUGGAACCUACGCUGCGACCAAGUUUCCUGCUCCAUGUUUUCAACCAGACCAGGUAUUCAACAACGACGCGCGGCUAAACUAUUCUUCGUCUUCUGAAGACUGCCUCUACAUUAACGUCUGGCGGCCAGCAAGCGCCUGCAUCAACGAAUCGGCUUGCGAGACUGCGGAGCUUCCUGUACUGGUGUUUCUGCACGGCGGAGGCUUCCAAUUCGGGGAUUCCGGACUGCGCAUAUACGACGGCACAAACUUCGUGGCACGGACGAACGUGGUCUUCGUUAGUCUAAACUACCGCGUGUACUUUUACGGGUUCCUCUCUGCAGAACGUCCAGCUCUUCCGGGAAACAUGGGCCUCUGGGACCAGCUCAUGGCGCUCAAGUGGGUGAAACGCAAUAUACGUCGUUUCGGCGGCAACGAGCGAGACGUGACGCUCAGUGGUCACAGCGCGGGCGCAAUAGCGGCUGGCAUGCACGCCCUUUCACCACAAAGCCGGGGCCUCUUCAGGAGGCUGCUCCUGCAGAGCGGCACUCCGCUCACGAUGAUCGUCGCGCUCUCGUACAGCGGAAUCACUAAGUUCGUGAACACUGCGGUCACGCUAGGCUGCUACGACACUGGCCUAAGUCUGGACGCGCAGAUUGGCAACGUCGUUGGCUGCCUCAAGCGCCUGGACCACGUCUCGAUCCGCACCAGAAUGGCGGCAGUGAACAUCAAGCGUCAAAUGUUUCUUCCGGUGUACGGCGACGACAUGCUGCCUUUCCACCCGCUGGAUGAGAAGAACACGGAUAUACACAUCAGAGAGGUGUUUCUCGGGACUGUGCGGGACGAAGGGACCUUCAUCGUGUACGCGCUUCGUGCCGCCAUGCCUUACCUAAUGCAGUUCUUCGACCUCGACUACAGGCUGGCCGUGACGCUAGGGCUCAAGUUUGCGUUCGACAUCCCCACACACACGGGAAAGAGCAUCGUGCGAGCCUACUUCGGAGAUUACAGCGUCUCCCACGACGACGGCACGAUUGUGGAUAUUCUUUCCGAGUUGAUAGGCGACGCCGCGUUUGACUGCCCCACGAACCUGUUCGCCACGAAGGCGGCAGAGCAGGGCGCCCAGACGUACCGCUACCUGUUCGCAUACAAGCCUUCGUACAGCUUCUGGCCCGACUGGGCUGGCAUCGCUCACGGGUGCGAGUUGCCGCUGACCAUGGGAUCGCUGGGGUCGUUCAAGAGCGAGCCUCGAUUCACUUCGGCCAGUGGAAAGUACGGGGACGAAAUGAGGAACGGAAAGGCUUCGCAGGAGGAUAAAAUGUUCAUGGAAGAGCUGCUGCAAAUAUGGUCCGCCUUCAUUAGGGAUGGGAAGCCAAAGAUUCCACUGUCGAACGCUGAGUGGCCCAAGUACUCGGCCGAGAACCCGGAGUUCGUGUACCUGCAGCCCAACAACUACACCCGAGGCUUUGGUCCCAAGAAGGAACGUUGUGAAUACUGGAGACCGUUCCUACUCAAGCAGAGCGCAGACGUAUCGACUGAGAAGACGUCACGGUGGUCCGAGCCGUCGUCCACGGACCCGUCGCCACCUGCCAAGCCAACACGACCUGCUGUGCAGUAUACGGCUCCCAAGAGUGACGUCAGACUGGAGCUGUACUCUAGCUCGUACAUUCCAGAGCCGUCUAUCGUGCUGUUCACUUUCUUCGCCUUCAUCAUCUGGAUUUGCAUGGCGUAGUUAUAUCCCGAUAGUAGUUAUAUUUCUCGAUAAGUACCAGAGUCUAGAAUCAUCGUCCAUCACUGAGCCAAUCAACUCACUUCCUUUUGGUAUCUUUGUAAGAGUGAGAAAAUAAUGAGGUAACGGCAGGGGGGUCAACUUGCAAAAACAAAAUAAGUACAACUGUUUGUACUGUAUAAUGCAUAGCGAUCUUGAUGUAGCGACUUCAUGGACUUUAUUAGGUAGUGCGCGGAUGCCUGGUUCAAACAUUUCAGAAUGCGAAAGUUUUCGUCAUCACGCAGCUUCCGCCUACUUUUGUACACAUAGAAAAAGUAGUUCACUUUGUCUUCUUUAGUAACUUACAAAAGUAGGGGCAGCUGCGUGACAGCGAUGUUCGUCUUUGGCGCUGUUUCAUCCUGGAAAAAUUUACGGUAAUAAGGCAGGUGGUCAACAAAUAGAAAAAAAUUGAGAGCGAAAGAAAGGCAGAGAGGCUGUCCAGUCUGAUACCCCUCACGUGGGGGAGUGAAAGAGAUAGAGAGAAAGUGAGUACGAAAGUUCCAGAUUAAGGCACGCGCACUUGAGGCACAGCGCUUCUACAGUCGAGCAGAGGCCCAGCUUCUCAUCACCCAGAAAAGCAUGUGAGUGCUUCUUCAAUCAGUAUUCAGUAGGAAUAUUAACUAGCAUGAUUACAGAAGCACUCAACAUUUGUUCGUUUUUGGAGAGAUAGUCCAUUGUGAAUGUUGUGGCCGGAGGCCAGCCAUUUCCAUCAAUGUCUUCUUCGUAUUUAGUGGUUUGUUAUGGAAUGUCUCAUAACGCGUCAUUUUUAUGCUUGAAGCAGCUUCUUUAUAGCAAUAGACACAAAUACUAUCACGGACAUAUGUAAAGGUAACGUUUUAUAUCAGAAGUAAAUAUGUGAUCCUAAGAUAGGUUGCAUGCCUAGCCGCUGAGGUGUGCUUCUCUCGUUAGACUUUCUCAGAAUGGAGGUACAUGCAAAUUAUAUGUGUUACAUAGGCAGUUCUGAAGUGUGAGAUGGUGAGAGAUUUCCAGUGUGUUCUGAGUCAAAUCGGCGACGUGCUAUUGCACUUUCAAGGUGCUGGAAAAGUGCUCUCCAAAUGAAGGGAGCAGAGUGCGCACUUGGUGGAAGUCGCCGCACAUGCUUCGCGAAAUUAUUGUUUCACCUGCUUGGCGACACCUCGAGGUGCAUCGUUGGAUAACCUUGCGACAUAAUUUGCUCUGCUGAGAUCUAAGGGGUCUCUCUUUGCCACAUCAAGGAGCGACGCUAGGAAAUAUAGAGGACUGCCUUUUUUAACGCCUACCCCUCUCAGAAUACGGGCAUUUAUGGCCGUGACAUUCAUGUUGCCUACUACGCUGCACAAACGACCUCUCUGAUAACCUAUUCUGGCGAAUUUUUCUCCAUUACAGCUGUAACAAAAGUCUAAAGUAUUGAUCUGGGAUCCCAGCUGUUUUUGCUAUUUUUGCUCUCUUAAAUUUUUAUCUGCCGCUAUCGCCUUUAUUAGGUGGGGCUCGCAUAGAUGACUCAUGCGUCGGAGUCUUAGGUGUUUGCUCUGCUAAGAAUGCUAUGUCGACUCUGUUGAAAUAUAACGAUUGCAACGCUGCAUGGUCGCAGGUAGCAGUUAAAGUGGGUGCUACAGCAAAGCCCUACUUAGUGAACCAAUUGUGAUUGCGACGUCGCACGUUCAAGACGACUAUCCCGGCGGUCAUUCCUAGGGGAAUACAUAGUAGAAAUGUUGUCUCAGAUGUUCCUAAACGCAUUCAGUAGUUGUUUGUUCCAAUUAGUUUUACCUGGUCCAAUGAUGAAUUAGGCAGGAUCAAAAAUUCGUUGUCUAAGCUUCCCGUCUCCACAGAGACAGCCACAGAAAUACGUGGAAUGCAUUGACCCGACCAUGCCACUGGGCACGUGGAGGCUGACUAUACCAUAAUGUCGACAUCCGGCCUCAUACUGAGCUCACAGUGCUAAAGAACUGUACACGGUGAGAAAAAGGUUUGCUGCGAAGCACCACACGUGCGCCAAUGUCCUUACCUGCAUGGCCCAACAGAUGUGGCCCCAUAAAAUUCAGCUAAAGAAAAUACAUCGUUGGACCAAUGUUGUGCUACAUGGCCUAUCCAAUAGACGGCGGAUUUAGCGAAGCCAAUAUGAGAGUUGCCCAUUCAUGAUUCUCAUUGCUUUCCCAUUUGUGCCGUGAGACUUGCGCGGAUUUACAAUGUAUCAUAUUUUGUAAAUAAAGCACUUUUCCUUC